AUGGCGGUGAUUAAAACAAUCCUUUCAAUAGUCGCUAUCUCAUUACUUUUAGUUAAUGUGGUAGCUAGCCAUAGUGAUUUCGGUUACGGAGGAGGGUAUGGUGGACACGACUCCUAUGGUCACGGAAGCUACGGGCAUGGUGGAUAUGGAGGAGGAUACAAUCAAGGCGGCUUUGGACAAGGAGGGUAUGGUCAUGGCGGGUAUGGUCAUGGCGGGUAUGGUCAUGGCGGGUAUGGUCAAUACGGGCAUGGUCAAUAUGGACACGGUAAUGGCGGCUUUGGACAAGGAGGAUUCGGAUUUGGAGGUGGUUACGGACGUUAA